AUGUUAGCGGAGACUGUUCGUCUUGUCUACUAUGUUUACCUAAUUUAUGUUCUUGCACUCUCUAGCAACGUUAUGGGUGCCCUAUUUUAUUUUUUGUUUGCCGGUGGUGGUUUUGGCCUGAUGUUUCUCUCAAUUAUUCAACUUAUAUUGUUUACUCCCUGUGCAUUCCUUUUAUGGUUCCGACCUGUUUACAAAGCUUUUCGGUAA